AUGGGAGACCACAUAAACCUGAUAGGAGACCACAUAGAUGACCCCAGACUAGAGAUAGGAAACCACAUAGACCUGAUAGGAGACCACAUAGACCUGAUAGGAGACCACAUAGAUGACCUCAGACUAGAUAGAAACCAUAGACCUGAUAGGAGACCAUUAUGGAGGUCCCUGGUGGUCUAUGGUGGUCUCUGGUGGUCUCUGGUGUUCUAUGGUGGUCUGUGGUGGUCUCUGGUGGUCUCUGGUGUUCUGGUGGUCUAUGGUGGUCUCUGGUGGUCCCUGGUGGUCUAUGGUGGUCUCUGGUGGUCCCUGAGUCUGGUGGUCCCUGGUGUUCUCUGGUGGUCUCUGGUGUUCUAUGGUGGUCUAUGGUGGUCUCUGGUGGUCCCUGGGUCUCUGGUGGUCCCUGGUAGAGUCUGGUGGUCCCUGGUAGAGUCUGGUGGUCUCUGGUGUCUUCUGGUGGUCUAUGGUGGUCUCUGGUGGUCCCUGAGUCUGGUGGUCCCUGGUGUUCUCUGGUGGUCUCUGGUGUUCUAUGGUGGUCUGGUGGUCUCUGGUGGUCCCUGGUGGUCUCUGUGGUCCCGGUAG